ACAACCGAAAAAAGAAAGGGAAAAAAACUCAGCCCGAUCCAAUCCCCACCCGUCUCCCUUCCUCCGCCCGCAGCCUCCUCCCCUUUGUGCCGCCGCCCCUCUUCCCUCUGCUCACCCCCCUCCUCCUCAUCGAGCCGCCACAGCCGCCGGCCUCCGCCCCUGCCCCCUGCCGGUCACCGCAAACGAAGGAGCGGCACACGUCCCUGCCCCGCGACUCGAACACGAGGCGAGUCUUUCCCCCGCCGCCGCCUCCUCCCUGCGAACGACCCAGCGCCCUACCCCGCCGCGGACGCAUCCACCGCCGCCCCUCUCUCCAACUGCGCCCUGAUCCAGUCUCCCGAUCCGGCGCGCCUCCCCGCAGCCCUCCAGAUCGGCGCGCCGCCCCAUCUCCUCCUCGCUGUUCUUCUGCCGCGACUGAAGCCUUUCGCCUGCCCCGCCGGAGCCGCUGCUCCUCCGCCGCCGAAGAACCUAAAUUAACGUGACUUGGAAAUUGAUCUUGCAUAUAUCUCUCCAUUGUGCUCCUUGGAACCACAAGCUCCCUUUACGGGGCCUCUUCCGUUCUACAGAAAGAAUAGCAGAGGAAGCUGACUCAGAUGUGGUUUCCUAGGAUUGCUGCACAUAAGAUGUCAUCCAUCAACGGCUUGAACACAAGUAUAGUUUUACUGUUACUCUUGCAAACAAUUGUUGCCUCGCACAUAGAUAUUUUGAAGUUGCCAGUUCCUUCAUGUUGUGAAAAGGAGUCAGGAUCUCUGUGUGUGUUAAGUGUCCUGUGUCUUGUAGAAUCUUGUAUUCCUACAUGUUUGUCUAAUUAAAGUGCAUGAUUUUUUAUGUGCCGUCUUGCCAUUCAAGCUUGAUGGCAAUUUAAUAACACAUGCAUGUUCUCUACUUAAUUUUAUAGUAUCUAUAGGACUUCUAUGAAUAUUACUUUGACAUGAUAAUGAUCGUGCCUAAAGAUGUAUGAUGAGGCAAUUGUGUUUUGUUUUGGCAUAUGGAUGAGCUGUGAGUCAUCUAAUUAAUGGUGUGGUCCGCCCUUUUCACAACAUGAGUACUCCGUAGCAUAGUAUCUGUACAGAGGAGCUGUGAGAGAAAGAAAUGAGUGUUUUAUUAUGUCGGUUGACAAAGCACGAUUGGUACACAUGUCUUCAAAAUGAAAUUUUGACGAAUUUUAUUAUCUGUACACAUGUUUUAUUAUCUAGACAUUAAGUCAUGUCUAGAUACAUUUAAAUUUUGACAAACUUGAGACAUCUUUUGUUGGACGGAGGGAGUAGAUGGAUAAUUGUAUCUCACUUGCAUUAUUUCAUUUUAUUGUUCCGUAGCAACGCACGGGCACUACACUAGUUCAAGUAGUAUCUGCGUUUGUACUGUGUUUUUUUUUUCCGAUUUUGCUAUACACCAGGCGCCUGGUUUUUUUUGGGAAAGCAGGCGAUUUUCUCACCGUUGGAUCGUACGUUGAUAUCGGUGAAAUUUGGUCGUGGGCUUUUCCUCUCUCUUGGGUCGGACAGCCAUUUGCAUCUCCUUCUCUUGUCACCCUCUCCCAUUCUCCUGUCCCAGCUUCUCAUCUGCCGCACGAUGCCGCCCCCGCCCCUGCUGCGGGCUCGUCGCCGCAGCCCCUCCUACACCCUUGCGCCAUCCCCAGCCCCUUAUACUAUGUUGCGCCGCCACGCGCUUGCCACCGCCGCCCCUGCUGCGACUAGCUGCGCCCCUCCUGCUCCUCCUGUACGCCUCUCUGGCCUCCGCCGUCGAUGCCCUUGCUGCUACCCUGCCGCUGAGCACUCGAGGCUUCUCUGCCCUCCUGCUCCCCCGCAGCCGAGCACUCGAGGCUUCGAUGCGUAUGUUGUUUCAUCUGGUUUAGUUUUGGGUUGUUUUGGCCGAUUUUGAGCUCUGCUAUUAGAACCUGGGGAUGUUGUUCCAUAUGUUUGGCCUCGUUUCUGCAUGUGUAAUGUGUUUAGAUAAUGAAAUUACCCCUGAAAUUAUGUACAGCAAGGACUAAGUACUGAGUCUAACUGUACUGUACUUGAUUCAUUUUUGCUUGUAUAUGUGCAUUUGAUUUUAUCUAAUCUAGGUGAAUCAACCAUUUUCAUUUAAUCGUUUUUGACUAAACUAUAAGUGGGUGUCCCCCACUUGAUUUUGAUUUUUGAUUCUACGGGGUUGUGCAUUUCUGAAGUCAAUGUGCUCUGAAUCUAUGUGGUAAUAGUGGUUUGCUAGUCAACUCCUUUUAUUUUUUAUUUUCUGCUUAUAUGGUGGUUUGCUAGUUUAAAUCACGGUCAGAUUACUAUCAUUUUGGCAUAGGAUUCAUGUUUUCUAUUGAAGUUGCAUGUAGCUAUUUCGGUCAUGAGGUGUGUAUCCAUUUUUUUCAGGGAUUUUGCGAUUACCGUUUUGGUUUCAUGCCUGCUUGUUGUUUCUAAGUCUUUAUCAUUGAUCUUUUUCUCAAGGUUGUGUAUUCAAUGCUCAGGAGUUUAUAGGGGCAGCGAUGUUCGAUCUGACCGGAAUGAUUGUAGUGUGCAUUCAGACUCUGAUUACUGUCCUUUUGAGGAUGAGGGUGAACAUGCUGCUGCUAAUGCGGGUGGACCCGCGGCCUGUGAUUUUGAUGGUUAUUCAUCCGAAGAUUAUUCAGAGACCGACUUGAUCAUUGACAAUAUUAGCGAUCUGGGAAAAGGAUCUCAUGGCCAAUCUGAAGGCCCGCUGCAAGUUGUCGAUUUAGAUGGCCUCAAUAACCAAGAGAACAUCAACCUACAGUGUGAAAAAAAUCAGUCUUAUGAGGAGAUGAUUCAAGAGCAUGUUUUGAAGCCUUGUCAGCCACCAAGGUGUGCAGUUCCAAGAGUUGUUCAGAAGUGGACUCCACAGCUGGCUGGUAAGGUUUCCUUUAAUGUUGAUGUUGUAGUCUUCUCCGCCAACUCGAGUUCGGACAUUGGUGUAAUGGUACGAGAACAUCUGGGACACAGACUCAUGCCAUGCCGUCAGUCUUUUGAAGAUACUACCUCAGCAGAAUUAGCUGAAGCACAGGCUCUUCGAUGUGCUAUGGUUCUAGCUCGAGAAGAGAAUUUCCACAAUAUUCUGGUGCAGAUUAUCUGUUCCUAGUUUGGAAGGUAAAUGCUCCGGGUAGAGAUUGUUCUUCCAUUGGUCCUAUUGUUGCUGACAUCAAAUUUCUAGUGCUAUGUGUAUUUUCUGUUUCUUUGUUCAUGUAAGCCGUUGUGCUAAUGAGGUGGCUCAUAUGUUGGCUGACUCGAGUGACUUCGCUGCUUAUUCUGUCUUUUGGCAUUGUGUCCCUGGCUGCAUCCAGGAUGUUGUAAACAGUGAAUGCUUCUCUAUUUGAAUAAAUGAGCCAGCCUUCUCUCUCUCAAAAAAAAA